ACUUGUCCACAUUUUCCCGCCAUAGGGCGCAUGUUGUUUUUCGCAAUGGAUGAUGUUUGUUGUUGAUUUCCGGAACUUAUAGUAAAUAAAGCCAAAAUGGAGCCAACAGAGGAAACUGACGAUGCCGUGGAAAGGAGAUACAUUGAACUGUGUCUCGACCUGAAUAUGGACAAAGGGACUAAAGAGGAGGCAUGGGAAAGCUACCAAAAAAUUAAAACAAAAUACACACUGGAGGGAGAUCAGAUGCACUGGCUUGCCUGUGCAUUGUACGAAGCGUGCAGGAAAAGUGUCACUCCAACUGUAGGAAGGGGAACAAUGGAAGGAAAUGGAGUGUCGUUAACAAGGCUUUUACGUUCCGCAAAGUUUAGUCUUAUACAGUUUUUCAACAAAAUGAAGAAGUGGUCGGACAUGGCUGGUCUACCACAAGAAUUCAUUGAUAAAGUUAACAAAUUGGAGAGGAAUUUUGCAGUUUCCACAGUGAUUUUCAAGAAGUUUGAACCAAUAUUUUCUGAUAUAUUCCAACAUCCAACGGACAGUCACCAAAAUAAACAAAAUAGAAAUAAGAAACAAAGGAGAAUGCCAUGUACUUCAACCGAAGUAUUUAAUUUCUGUUGGACCAUGUUCAUUCAAGUGAAAGGUCAUUUUCCUGCUAUUAGUGAUGACCUUGUUAACUCCUACCACCUUCUACUAUGCUGCUUGGACUGGUUUUAUGCUAAUGCAUUAAUGGGAGGACGAAAGGAUUUACUGAAUCCUUCAUUUGAGGGUUUACCAGAAGACUUUGGAAACAGAGACUGGAAACCCCCAACUGAAAGUCCGUGUUUGAUUAAGUACCUGUGUGAUAAACAUGAAGGUUUAGAAAUAGAAGCCAAAGUCAUCAAGGAACAUUGGUGGAAACCACACAUUAAAAAGCUAUUUGAUAAAAAGAUUUUGAAAGGAAAGCCAGAUACUCUCUCAGCGGUUCUAGAAGUUGGCAACUUUGAUGCCAACAAAAAGUCAAUAAAUGAAGCAUAUGAAGAUUAUCCCUUAAAUUAUAGCAGCAAAUCUAUGAACAGCGAAUAUGAAGCCUAUGUGUUAAGUGUGGGGGACUUUGAUGAAAGGGUGUUUCUGGGUAGUGAAGCCGAUGAAGAAAUAGGAACACCUACCAAGUACAGGGACGAGGGCACUGGAGAACUGGCAGAGAGGCUGCAGAUGAAGGCCAAUCUACAACAACACAUUGAUGAGACCAAUAGCUUGGCUCCCUCUACUCCUCUGACGGGCCGGCGGUACCUGAAGGACAAGGACCCGAGUACGACGCCCGUCUCGACCGCCACCCAGAGUGUCAGCAAACUCCAGACUCUGCUGUUGGGGCGCAAGGCUCUCCCUAGUGAUGACCUGCUGGACAUAUUAAGUGAAAUUGGUACUGAUCCAAAAACACGUAUAAUGGAGAGAGUUACUGAGAUGGGUGAAAUUUUCUGUGCCCAUUAUGUUAAGGAGACUGACAACCAUGCAGGUUCCCAAAUUGACUUUGCCAAAAAGAGGUUACAGUUAGGAGAGUGCCUAUACUACAAAUUGUUAGAAAGUAUUUUGUAUACUGAAAAGAAGCGGAAUGAUAGCAAAGAAGGCAAAGCAGCUCUUGCAACACUUAUGGAACAAGACAUAUUCCACAGAACUUUAUUUGCUUGCUGCUUGGAAAUUGUUAUAUUCUCUUACAACUCACAGAGGUCUUUUCCUUGGAUUGUGGAAAUUUUUAAUUUAAGUCCCUACCAUUUUUACAAAGUGAUUGAGAUAAUCAUCAGAACAGAAGAAGGCUUUUCAAGAGAUGUAGUUAAACACCUUAACCAUAUUGAGGAGAGUAUACUGGAGAGCCUUGCAUGGAAGAGUGAGUCCCCUCUGUGGGACGCCAUCAAGGAGAGCAGUGUGCCUGGCUGUGAAGAUGUAGUGCUGCCCAAUGAACAGGAUGUGAUGAAGACCACAGUCAAACACCCUGCUGUCAUCAGGGUCACAGAAACCCAGCCCCAGCAACAGCAGCAGAGAAAGGAUGUGCUGAUGUCCCCACCUGCCGGUGUGUCUGCCGCUGACCGCUUUAGCUCCCCCUCUCCAGGAAGUGCCAAGCGGCGUCUUUUUAGUGUACUGACCCAGCCACAAGAAACGCCGGUGUCAUCAGCAGAGAAUUCCUCAACAGAGGGCAGUAGUUCAUCUACAAAGACCACCCAGAUUAUUGCUUUCCAGCAGGCACAGACAAAUGACGGGAGACAGAUAUUAAUUCCUGUCCAUACUAUUAUUCAUUCUGGAGCAAAAGAUGACAAAAAAGAAACAACAAAAGCUAGACCCAAGAAAACAGGAUCAUUGGCUUUGUUCUUUAGAAAGCUAUAUCAUCUAGCAAGUGUAAGGCUACGAGAUCUGUGUGAACAGUUGUAUAUUGAUGAUGUUGACCUUCGGAAGAAAAUGUGGACAUGUUUUGAGUAUGUACUUGUGAAUCAUGUGGAGCUGAUGAUGGACAGACACAUUGAUCAAAUCAUUAUGUGUGCAAUCUACGUCAUGGCAAAGGUGUGUGACCAUUCACAGUCUUUCACAGACAUCAUGAGAUGCUACAGGUUACAGCCACAAGCAGAGAGUCAUGUCUACAGAAGUGUUUUACUGAAAUGUCGUACAAGGCGAAAAUCUGGAGGGAGUGAUAGCAGCAAGAACGACACAAGUGGACAGUCUUCACCUGUCAAUGUAGAGAAUGUAGAGAAAAAGAGGUCAGAAAAAUUAUCCUCAAUGCGUUCAACUAGUACUCUACCCACCCCCCACCCAGGGAGCCAUCCCCCAACCCCAACUAUAUUGGUGCACUCAGCGACUGGGAGUGAAGAGGGAGAAGAAAGAGGGGACCUCAUCAUGUUCUACAAUAGGGUCUUUGUAGAGAAAGUAAAAAAGUUUGCCCAAAAAUUCUCUGCUCAAAAGAACUCAAAGGAUAUCCCACCACUAUCACCUCUACCUGUGGUUAAAAGUCAGUCCGCUUCUCCUAGGAGAGUGUCCAGUAAACAUUCUAUAUACUUAUCUCCGCAUAAACCAACAUUACAUGCUACUCCAAUGGCAACUGGUUUGUCAUAUUCUUUCCAGAAGAGUCCUGCAAAGGACUUGAGGGCCAUCAAUAACAUGAUAAAAAUGAAAGACUUUAGAGAAGGUAAAAAACUUUUGGGUAAAAGGCAGCUAGAUGUCCACAUGGAGGAAGAGGAUGGGCCUCAGACCAAGCAGCUGUGUACUGGCUUCUCCUUCCUGAAGCGGCUACAGAAUGUCAGCAGUGAGAGGCAGGAAGCCAGUAUAUUGAACCUGGAUUACACCACCAAAUAAACACUAGCCUCAGUCCAUUCAUCGCAAUGAUGUCUGCUGAUCUCAUUUUCAAUUUUCUUCUGAGGAAAGGAGCAACUCGGUAUCCUGUUUGCUCUAUAAUGCAAUAUCCUGCAAGUGGUAGUCCCAGACUUUAACAUACAUGUACUUCUACAUGUAUUUCAAACUGUUGAAAUCUGUGCAAUCUUUUUAAUCAGCUAAUAAAUUCUGUUAAAUGUGGACUAGACUUGACACUGUGAUGUACUCCGUAAGUGUACAGUGUAUGGUCAAAGUUUUCUCAUAAUUCUGCAGGUUAAAUCAGAAUGGAAAUAUUUGUGAAUAGUGCAAGACAUUUUGUUGUAUUUUUGUACAGUUUGUAAAUAUACUGUAAUUGGCAGUAUUAAUCUGUAUAGCCAGGGUUUUAUAUAAAUAUACAUGUAUAUAUUAGUAUAUUUAGACAUUGUUAUUAUGAAUUUCUUUGGAUGGAUUUUAUUUGUAAACUGAAUAUCUAUCAAAUUUUUAGCGGUUUAUAAAAUGUAUUGAUAUUUUAUUUUUAAGAAAAUUCUAAGAAAUUUGUCAUAACAUAGCAUUGUGAUGAUAUCAAAUUGGUACGAAUGUAUACAAAUUUUGUGUCCUCUUGAUGUUGUAAAAUUUAAAACACAAAAAUGAAAUGGAGCCUAGUAAACCAGUAGUGUCAUUUCUGUGUCAGCAAUCAUGUUCUAAGUCAUUACUAGGGUGCUAGAUGUGUGCAUUGAAUUGUGAAUGAAACAUAAGGGAUCUAUUGUGUAAUGCUGAAAUUAGGUACAAUGAAAUAUUUCUUUGGGAAAAAUUGGUGAAAAUGUUAGUAUAGGUAUGGUGCUCUUUGUUUUAAUAUAUUUGAUACAGUGCAAAAUUUUUAAACAGUACCAUAAAUGAUUUUUUUUGCAUAAUUUAUGUGAAUAUUCAAUAAUAUUAUGUUGUGAAUAUGUGGCAAGCAUGUAUUGGAUGGAAUACAAAAGUGAAAGAAUCAUACAAUAAAUGUAAAACAUU